AUGACUACCUCAUCACUAAAUCCGCCAGUGCCCGUAACCAUUCUUUCCGGGUUCCUGGGCUCAGGAAAGACAACUCUUCUCGAGAGAAUCUUGACGGGCGAUAAUGGUCUGAAGAUUGCUGUUAUCAUCAAUGACAUGUCUCAGUUGAACAUUGAUGCUUCCCUGAUUAGAGACCACAAGGUUUCCAACAAAGAAGAGAAGUUGAUUCAGCUCCAAAAUGGUUGUAUUUGCUGUACCCUACGUGGCGAUUUGUUGGAAGAACUGGUAAGUUUGCAUGAGACAGGUGCUUUCGAUUACAUUGUUAUUGAAUCUACCGGUAUCGCCGAGCCCAUGCAAGUCGCCGAAACAUUCUCCAGUGAGUUCUCUCAAACGCUGAUUGAUACACCGGGAGCCGUUACUGAAGAUGAGGAAAAAUUGCUUAAGAAAGUUAUCAAGCUUGGCGGCCUCGAGAAAAUCACCAAGAUUGAUUGCUGUGUCACCGUUGUCGAUGCUGUGAACUUUUUAUCAAACAUCGAAACAACAGAUUUCUUGGCUACCAGAUGGGGAGACAGCGGCCAAGGCGAAUCUGAUCGGACUGUUACUGAUUUGAUGGUCGACCAAAUCGAGUUUUCAGACGUUAUUAUCAUCAAUAAGGUCUCAUCGAUUAAGAAGAAGAAGUUAAAUAAAAUCGAAAAGAUGAUCAGGAACUUGAACCCUGUGGCUCAGAUUCUGCGCGCUGAUUACUGUAAUGUUCCACUGAACAAAAUCAUAAAUACUAACAUGUUCGAUUUUGAAAGGGCAUCCACUUCUGCUGGAUGGCUGCAAAGUAUAAAUGAAAUGACACAAAGGGAGGGAUUUGGUGACAAAAACAGAAGUGUCUUGACCCCCAAACCUGAGACUGAAGAGUACGGCGUGAACAAUUUUGUUUAUAAUGCUCGGAAACCCUUCCAUCCUGAGAGACUUUACGAAAUGCUAAAAGAGAAGUUUUUUAUCAUUGAGCAGACACCUUUAGCUUCGAUUGAAACGGUUGACGAGUACGAGGCUGAUUCCGACGCUGAAAUGGAAAAUGAACAAGAAUCAGAAAAGGAAGACGAUGAACAGGAGGAUGGACAGGAGGAUGGACAAGAAUUGAGCGAAAAAGAGAUUUUAAAGAAUAAAGCCAACUCACCAUUUGGACCUUUGCUACGUUCCAAGGGCUUCUUCUGGCUGGCCACAAGGCAUAUUAUGCGAGGCGAAUGGUCUUCUGCAGGUCCAAUGCUAACGCUGAAAGGCGGUAUACCUUGGUUCGACGUUAGUGGUUUUGAGGAUAUACCACCGGAAACCGAGAAACUGAUUAGAUCUGAAUUUCAAGGCCCUUACGGGGAUAGGCGCAAUGAGCUGGUUUUUAUCGGUUUAUCGAUCGAUAAGAAAAAGCUGUCUGAUGCUCUGGAUUCCUGUUUGUUGACUGAUGAGGAAUACGAAAAGUUUGUUGAGAUUACCAGUAAAGAAAAAAACCUUUUAAAAGUUGAAGAAAAGCUAGCAGAAGUCUUUGACGAUGGCUUUGAAGAUUGGAUUAUACUUGAUGAUGACGAUGAUGACGAUGACGAUGAUGAUGAUGAAAAAAAAGAGGAGGAAGAAGCAGAAGAGAAAUCCUAG